AAUGUAUCAGUAGAGCGAACAUGACUGUUUUUAUGUUUUUCAGGGUUUUUUUUUGCAGCAUGUCCAAUAGUGAGAGGGAGGAUGAUUUCUGUCAAAGUGAGUUAAAGAGGAGUCUCCAAAGGCAUGCACCUCCAUCCCGAAGUACAAGACUCUGGCAUGGCUCCUUGCAGGCAGCAGAGUAAGGAUUGGGUUUUAUUUUUGGAAGGGUGUGUGUGUGCGUGUCUGUGUUGGUGUGUGUGUUGGUCGCCUUGUUAGGUCUGCUCAAAUGUUUCCCCCAGCAGGGCCAGUGAGGAUACAGACUGCUGGGUGGCAGGGACAGGGGGGAGAGGGGAUUUUCUCCAUGGCCACCUGGAAAGCCAUGUAAGACAUUUUUGACACAGCCAUAGAAAUCACCCAACAAUAAUCCGGUUCAUUCUUGUCCUCUUUUAUUUGCAACUUUACAACUGAACCUUUUUGAAGUGGAGAAGAGCCUUCACAAGUUCCUGACAGUUGGCAGCAAAAUCUUCAUGGCGACGAUCAGAAAUCUACAAAGCAGAAGAGGUCCACUCAAGUUGAGCCCUCGGGAUAUCUCCAAGAAGUUUUGAUGUCAGCUGAGGGUGAAGUGGGUCUGACGCGGGUUUUAAUCUUUAGCCGUGCUACAGACUCCAAAGCGUUGGGUGUGUGUCUGAGCCGAGAUGAGUGGCGGUCGCUUCGAGUUUGAUGACGGCGGCGCGUACUGUGGAGGCUGGGAGGGCGGCAAGGCGCAUGGCCACGGCAUCUGCACCGGCCCGAAGGGUCAGGGAGAGUUCUCCGGGUCCUGGAACUAUGGCUUCGAGGUAGUGGGGGUCUACACCUGGCCCAGUGGGAACACUUACGAGGGCUACUGGUCUCAGGGCAAGCGUCACGGCCUCGGGGUGGAAACCAAAGGGCACUGGAUUUAUAGAGGCGAAUGGACACACGGCUUUAAGGGGCGAUAUGGCAUCCGAGUAAGUGUUGGCAGUGGGGCAAAAUAUGAGGGGACGUGGAACAAUGGCCUGCAGGACGGCUAUGGAACUGAAACCUACGCAGAUGGAGGUACUUUCCAGGGUCAGUUCACUGGUGGGAUGCGGCAUGGCUAUGGAGUACGGCAGAGCGUCCCCUACGGCAUGGCAGCAGUCGUUCGCUCCCCUCUCCGUACUUCCUUGACCUCCCUACGUAGCGAGCACAGCAAUGGCACAGUCCUCCAGCAAGACAUCCCUGUCAUCACCACCACCAGUGCUUCCGAUGAAGAGACACCUGUCGCCAACCCUGCCCAGCUAGGACCAUCCCGGGGAGGCUUUGCCCUCACUCUCCAGGUGGACCCAGAAGCAGUGAGACCCAAGAAGAAAGGUCUGUUUCAAAGGAGCUCUCUGUUGGGAAAGCUGAAGAAAUCCAACUCGAGUACUUCGCUAUCCAGUCAGAAGAGCAAGAUCAGCUUCCUGAGGACGGAAUCGGCUUUGAGCUCCAAUGUCAGCGACACAAACUCCACCAUUAGUAUGGGGGACGAGAGUCUGGCCGGAGCAGACGACUUCCCUCCGGUGGAGGCAGACAUCGAUGCCACCACCACAGAGGUCUACAUGGGCGAGUGGAAGAACGACAAGCGCUCAGGAUAUGGAAUAAGCGAAAGGUCUAGCGGCCUCAAGUAUGAAGGCGAAUGGCUGAACAACCAGAGACAUGGCUACGGCUGUACCACCUUUGCUGAGGGCGGGAAAGAAGAGGGCAAGUACAUGAACAACAUGCUGGUGAAGGCUGUGAAGAAGAGAGUGAUCCAACUGAAGGGAACCAAGAUCAAGCAGAAAGUGGAGCGAGCUGUCGAAGGCGCUCAGAGGGCUGCUGCUAUCGCCAAGCAGAAAGGAGAGAUCGCUGCUUCGAGGUCCACCCAUGCCAAGGCCAAGUCAGAAGGAGCCGACCAGGCCGCUCAAGCCUCCAACAGUGAAUCCAGCAUUGCCAGACUGGUGGCUAAAGAGCUCUCACCUUCCUUCUACCAGCCAGGUCCAGAGUACCUGAAAAAGAAAGCGAUGCAGGAGGUCGCAGAGGGAAGUGAGAACACAGAUCCCGCCGUGCACGAGCCACUGUUGGCUGAGGAGGAGCCUGUGCCUACACCACCCGAAAGCCCUCUUGUUAACGAACUAGACCGCUUAAUGCCUGACUCCUCCCCAGGACGAACCCCCUCCCCGAGUCCAGGCAUUGUCAUCAAGGACGAAACUAACCUUCUAAGUCCUGGCAGUUGGAAUGACGACAGAGCCAGUAGAGGCAGUGGCAGUAAAGGUAGCAGUAAACCCAACAGCAGGCCCAGUAGUCGUCCCACGACACCUUCAAGUUCUGUUCCUGCUUCCAACGCACCAGAGGCAGAUAGUGGGCGCAGUCUUACUCGGACACCGAGUCGCCACAGCAGCAAGAACGAGCAGGGAUCCGAUCUGGAGAUCAAGCCUUUGCAGAAGUUUGAUGCAGAGGUAAAAACUUCAGAGGCCACAUCCCAAUCUAAAAGGAACAGCUUUGUCUCCACGGAUGAGGAAGAAAAGCUUCGUUUUAGCCCAAAAGUAACCCGCAGAGUUGCCACCCAUGACUCCAAAGACAAUGAUCUCAAGCCUGAAAGAACUCCAGCAAUCCAUGAUCGAGAGCAAUCCUUGGAGAGGAACAGGCCCUCUACCAAAACAGAGGCAAAACCAAAACGACAACCCAGCCCAACUCCAUCCCCAAAUUCUGCACCCAAACCUGAACCCAAGACAGUACCCAAGCCAGUGGAAGUCAAAACCAACAACACUAAACCUGCUUUGAAAGUGGAUCCCAAAGCAGAGGCCCGACUGAAGGCCACAGUGUGGAGUUCAAAUAACGAAGUGACUGCAGAGUCUUUGGAGCAGGAGAGCCCCAACACCAUCAUGAUCUGCAUGGUAAUCCUGCUCAACAUCGGCUUGGCUAUUCUCUUUGUGCACAUUUUGUCAUGAGACGUGUGUCACCGCCUCAGCUGCAGGUCUCCAUCAGAAUUGGAAUGAGUUGGCUUGCCUCCACCACCGUUUGGACUAAAACUCCAACAGAAGUCUGGGUGUCUUCGGAAGCCUUGUGCUGACACAAAGCAGUUCUUCUCAACGUCUGUGACGGUGUGAUUGUCAGUCAAGUUGCUGUCUCCAGACAACUGAGAAGCUGAAGGACACCGAUUAGCUGAAAUGGCUGAGUAUGAAGUUGCUGUACUAAAGUGGGGGAGGGCAAGAUGGUUUCGUGUCUUGGUGCUUCUACUGGAGAAGCACUGGAUGCAAGGAAGAAGUCUAUAUACAACUUGGAAUGUCACAGUGUGUCAACAUUUUGCACAAAAGCUUUCAAUAAAUCAUUCUGUACUACCAAUGCUUGCUCUCACAACACCAGAUCUGCCGGUUUAUCUGAUCACAGUAUUCGUUGUAUUUGAAAUAAUUAUUUUGUUAGAACUUUCCUGUCACUGUGCUAAGCCCCCCAACAUGAUCUCAUUCUCAAAUUGUCCAAUACAGCAGCUCAAUCUGGGGCUCUUCAAUUUGAAUUGUAAUGUCAUCAUGGAUAUUGUCUUGGACAACACACAAAAAAAAACAGCCUUUAAAGAAGAUGAGGAUUUUUAAAUAACUAUGAAUAAAUCCAACAUCUAUCUAGUCCAGUUACUCUCUGUUCUAGAGAGUAACAGGUUGACACAUUGUUCUGCAGUAUUUGAUGCCUGGGAAUGAGAUUGUGCUUCAUAUGCUGCAAAGACAAAUGCAAUAUUUACUUGAAAUGAUUGUUUUCAGUGAUUAGCAAUGUAAAAAAGAUGUUGAUUAGCUGGUAGUUGGAGAUGCAACAUUUCUAUAGCUGUCUGACAAAAAUUCUCUCCUGAAACGAGACCUAACAGAAUAGAAACCAUUUUAGGUUGCAUUUCAGCUUUUGCAUCCUAGAAACAUAUCUGCAGUUGGCAGUGGUGUUAAACACUGUGAAGUGUGAUGUUUUCACUGUGCAUUUGUUGUCAUUCUGCCGCAUCGGAGUUGAUCAACCAAUAAGGGAAAACAAAUGGGAAGCUUAUCAGUGUUUGUGCUGAUUAUGUUCUGUAUGUUCCUGAGGUGUGAUGUUUUAAGAGGUUUCGAUUAAAGUAAGUUAUGUGUGUUUAGUUGGGAGACCAGAAAGAAGAAAAUGGAUACAAUGAGUUUACUGAGAACAAUUACUGCAUCUUGUUUGCCUGCGAGCGUGUAAGUAUUCAAUGUUUCUUACAUGGACAAAAAAAAACAGUUCCGUUGUUCUAAAUCCAGUAGUGCCUGAUGUGUUUUGGAGCCAAAUGAGUUCAUAUUUUGUAAGCAUGAGAACACUUUGUAUUAAUGUGCCAGAUUUAAACAUACACUGCUUGAACAUUUGGCAUACAUUUGUACAAGAUGAUAUCUUACCUAUUUCCCGAAGAACUCAGAUUACCUCAUAUUUGUGAGCUGUAGAAUAUUUUUCUCAACUCCAUGUCUUACAUUAAAGGGGAACUGCACCUUUUUGGGAAUUUUUCUCAUCAUCCACAAUCCAUAUCUGAGACAAAAACGCAGGUCUUACACUUUUCUGUGCUUUCUAAAUAGUAAAAAACUGCUAGCACGAGGUGGCUAACAAUGCAGGUGAUGGAGACUCACCUAUCCUGCCUAUAAAGCCCUCAAAAAAUAUAUAUAUAUUUAAUUUCAUACUUUAUACAUGCUGUGAGUAUGUAUGUAUGUAUUAGCAGGCACAUUCAUGACAACAUGUAAUAAAUACUUAAGCAUUACGAAAACUUAUUUAUAAGGCACAUUGAUUUCACAGAGCGCAUGGCAAUUUCACGCUACUUCCGUCAACAACAGAGUAUAUUGUGUGUUCGCUAUAACUAAUCAAGGCAGACUUACAGAGAGCCCACCAAAGACUACUUUGGGACAAAUAAUCCAGCUAUAGUGAGUGAAACACUAAAAGGUGGUCACAGACUGCCACAUACUGUGAGCAAAGGUACUCAGCGCAGAAAGUCAGCAGUCAUUAGAGCUUCCAUAAUCGCGCACACUGUCGCGUUGUAGUUAUGUGUGACAUUUCCAUGAAAACUACUAAACAUACUCACAAUUGUUGCGCAAUGUUUACAUUUUUAUGUCCCAGCGCCCUACAAUGAUGAUGAGGAUGUGGAGCUGCUUUACCUGCUGGCUUUGCAGAACAAAAAAUAAAAAGAUGGUGGUAUGUACGAUCAUUAAAUGUCACAAGAGACAAAGGGACGGCUGUCGCUACGGGAUGUGCCGAGCAAAGUGUUGUAGCCCGUUAUAGACUGUCACACAAAUUAUCUCAGAGGUGAGUCGCGGAAAAAAAUGUUAUUCGUUCAUCGGCAUGAUUUAGAUUUUAUGGUAUGAUGUGGUGGAAAAAUGCAGACAAAUGUCACAGUAAUGUGGGUCAAUGUUGUUGCUGUUGUUUUUUGUGUGAUGCAGUGCGCAGAGCACGCAGCACACGGUCGUAAAUAUAUUUGCCCUCUUAAUCAUCUUCCUGCAAUAAUUAAGAUCAGAAAAAAUGCUGACUUUUAUUGCACAAAAUCCUUGAAAUUGCUACAAAUGCCCCAAGACGGAGACCGACUCGAUCUAAAGCCAUGUUUACUUCUGUAAACACUGCAGCACGUGUGACAUCAUGACGUCAUCUGCAUGCGGGUCAGAUUGUGUUCAUAUUGGACAUCACAUUUUUUCUGUAAUGUAAACGACUACACAAAAAGAUUGGAUUUGACAACAAAAAUCUGAAUUGGACAUCCGACAAUGCACUGUGAACGUAGCCUAAGGUGAGGACCAAAACACAUUGCUUUAGUCGGUUUGAUUUGUAGCUUGUGGAAAAUCAAAGCUGACCAACUUCUCCACAAUCUUCCUCUGUACAUGCUACACAUGAUUUAUGACCUAGCAUGAACUUUUCCAAACUCACAGGCGAUAUGGUGGCAGCAGCUUCAGAAGCGAGCAUAACCUCUCGCUAGUGGCCUGAGGUCAUACUUG